GGAACUGAACACCAAGUGCGUGGUGGAGAUGGAAGGGAAUCAAACGGUCCUGCACCCUCCUCCUGCUAACACCAAACAGGGAGAAAGGAAACCUCCCAAGGUAUUUGCCUUUGAUUAUUGCUUUUGGUCCAUGGAUGAAUCUAACACUACAAAAUAUGCUGGUCAAGAAGUGGUUUUCAAGUGCCUUGGGGAAGGAAUUCUUGAAAAAGCCUUUCAGGGGUAUAAUGCGUGUAUUUUUGCAUAUGGACAGACAGGUUCGGGAAAAUCGUUUUCCAUGAUGGGCCAUGCUGAGCAGCUGGGCCUUAUUCCAAGGCUCUGCUGUGCUUUAUUUAAAAGGAUCUCUUUGGAGCAAAAUGAGUCACAGACCUUUAAAGUCGAAGUGUCCUAUAUGGAAAUUUAUAAUGAGAAAGUUCGGGAUCUUUUAGACCCCAAAGGUUUUUCCCCUAACCCUCCCCAAAAUGAUAUUGAGUCAUUGAUGUCUGAGGGAAAUAAGUCUCGAACGGUAGCUGCUACCAACAUGAACGAAGAAAGCAGCCGCUCCCAUGCUGUGUUCAACAUCAUAAUCACACAGACACUGUAUGACCUGCAGUCUGGGAACUCCGGGGAGAAGGUCAGUAAGGUCAGCUUGGUAGACCUGGCGGGUAGCGAAAGAGAGUACCAGAAACUUUCUGUGUUUCCCCCUUACACUGUCAAAGUAGGAAUUAUAAGUAGUUGCCCCAAGGCAGAGGAAAGUCUUCUCUUGGUGAUGGAUAAGUCCAUGUCAUCUCCAAAAUGUAUUUUCACAUCUCUUACAACCUUGGGGUUGGUUAUAUCAUCACUGGCUGACCAGGCAGCUGGCAAGGGUAAAAACAAAUUUGUGCCUUACCGAGAUUCAGUCCUCACUUGGCUGCUUAAGGACAAUUUGGGGGGCAACAGCCAAACCUCUAUGAUAGCCACAAUCAGCCCAGCCGCAGACAACUAUGAAGAGACCCUCUCCACAUUAAGAUACGCAGACCGAGCAAAAAGGAUUGUGAACCAUGCUGUUGUGAAUGAGGACCCCAACGCAAAAGUGAUCCGAGAACUGCGAGAGGAAGUCGAAAAACUGAGAGAGCAGCUCUCUCAGGCAGAGGCCAUGAAGGCCCCAGAACUGAAAGAGAAGCUCGAAGAGUCUGAAAAGCUGAUAAAAGAACUAACAGUGACUUGGGAAGAGAAGCUGAGGAAAACAGAAGAGAUCGCACAGGAAAGACAACGACAACUUGAAAGCAUGGGGAUUUCCCUGGAGAUGUCUGGUAUCAAGGUGGGGGAUGACAAAUGCUACUUAGUCAAUCUGAAUGCAGACCCUGCUCUUAACGAACUUCUGGUUUAUUAUCUAAAGGAUCACACCAGGGUGGGUGCAGAUACCUCUCAAGAUAUCCAGCUUUUUGGCAUAGGAAUUCAGCCUGAGCACUGUGAGAUUGACAUUGCGUCUGAUGGAGAUGUCACUCUUACUCCAAAAGAAAAUGCAAGGUCCUGUGUGAACGGCACCCUUGUGUGCAGUACCACCCAGCUGUGGCAUGGUGACCGAAUCCUAUGGGGAAAUAAUCACUUUUUUAGAAUAAACUUACCUAAGAGGAAACGUCGAGAUUGGUUGAAAGACUUUGAAAAAGAAACGGGUCCGCCGGAGCAUGACCUGGAUGCAGCCAGUGAGGCUUCCUCUGAACCAGACUAUAACUAUGAAUUUGCACAGAUGGAAGUUAUCAUGAAAACUCUGAAUAGUAAUGACCCAGUUCAAAACGUGGUUCAGGUCCUGGAGAAACAAUACCUAGAAGAAAAGAGAAGUGCCCUGGAGGAGCAGCGGCUCAUGUAUGAGCGGGAACUGGAGCAACUCCGCCAGCAGCUCUCCCCCGACAGGCAGCCACCGAGCAGCGGCCCUGACCGCCUGGCCUACAGCAGCCAGACAGCACAGCAGAAGGUGACCCAGUGGGCAGAAGAGAGGGACGAACUCUUCCGACAAAGUCUGGCAAAACUGCGAGAGCAGCUGGUUAAAGCUAACACCUUGGUGAGGGAAGCAAACUUCUUGGCUGAGGAAAUGAGCAAACUCACUGAUUACCAAGUGACUCUUCAGAUCCCUGCUGCAAACCUUAGUGCCAAUAGGAAGAGAGGUGCAAUAGUGAGUGAGCCAGCUAUCCAAGUGAGGAGGAAAGGAAAGAGCACCCAAGUGUGGACCAUUGAGAAGCUGGAGAAUAAAUUAAUUGAUAUGAGAGACCUUUACCAAGAAUGGAAGGAAAAAGUUCCUGAGGCAAAGAGACUCUGCGGGAAACGAGGUGACCCUUUCUAUGAAGCCCAAGAGAAUCACAACCUCAUCGGGGUGGCGAAUGUGUUCUUGGAAUGCCUCUUCUGCGAUGUGAAACUCCAGUAUGCAGUCCCUAUCAUCAGCCAGCAGGGGGAGGUUGCAGGGCGUCUCCACGUGGAAGUGAUGCGUGUUACAGGAGCUGUUCCAGAGCGUGUGGUGGAGGAUGACUCUUCGGAGAAUUCCAGUGAAAGUGGGAGCCUUGAAGUUGUAGACAGCAGCGGGGAAAUCAUUCACCGAGUCAAAAAACUGACAUGUCGGGUAAAAAUUAAAGAAGCAACGGGACUGCCCUUGAACCUCUCAAACUUCGUCUUCUGUCAAUAUACAUUCUGGGACCAGUGUGAGUCUACGGUGGCUGCCCCAGUGGUAGACCCCGAGGUGCCUUCACCACAGUCCAAGGACGCCCAGUACACAGUGACCUUCUCCCACUGUAAGGACUAUGUGGUGAAUGUAACGGAAGAAUUUCUGGAGUUCAUUUCAGAUGGAGCACUGGCCAUUGAAGUGUGGGGCCACCGGUGUGCUGGAAAUGGCACCUCCAUCUGGGAGGUUGAUUCUCUUCAUGCUAAGACAAGAACACUGCAUGACAGGUGGAAUGAAGUAACGCGAAGAAUAGAAAUGUGGAUCUCCAUAUUAGAAUUGAAUGAGUUAGGGGAGUAUGCUGCCGUGGAACUUCAUCAGGCAAAAGAUGUCAACACAGGAGGCAUCUUUCAACUUAGACAGGGUCAUUCCCGUAGAGUGCAAGUCACGGUGAAACCUGUGCAGCAUUCAGGGACACUGCCGCUUAUGGUUGAAGCCAUCCUGUCGGUAUCCAUCGGUUGUGUGACUGCCAGGUCCACCAAACUCCAGAGAGGGCUGGACAGUUACCAGAGAGAUGAUGAGGAUGGUGAUGAUAUGGAUAGUUAUCAGGAAGAAGACUUAAACUGCGUAAGGGAGAGGUGGUCAGAUGCACUCAUUAAACGACGAGAAUACUUGGAUGAACAGAUAAAAAAAGUCAGCAAUAAAACAGAGAAAACAGAGGACGAUGUGGAGCGGGAAGCCCAGCUUGUGGAGCAGUGGGUAGGGCUGACGGAGGAAAGGAAUGCUGUACUGGUGCCGGCCCCAGGCAGUGGGAUUCCUGGGGCACCUGCCGACUGGAUCCCACCUCCUGGAAUGGAAACCCACAUACCAGUUCUUUUCCUCGAUUUGAAUGCGGAUGACCUCAGUGCCAAUGAGCAGCUUGUCGGCCCCCAUGCGUCCGGCGUGAACUCCAUUCUGCCCAAGGAGCAUGGCAGCCAAUUUUUCUACCUGCCCAUCAUAAAGCACAGUGAUGAUGAGGUUUCAGCCACAGCCUCUUGGGAUUCCUCGGUGCAUGAUUCUGUUCAUUUGAAUAGGGUCACACCACAGAAUGAAAGGAUUUACCUAAUUGUGAAAACCACAGUUCAACUCAGCCACCCUGCUGCUAUGGAGUUAGUAUUACGAAAACGGAUUGCAGCCAAUAUUUACAACAAACAGAGUUUCACGCAGAGUUUGAAGAGGAGAAUAUCCCUGAAAAAUAUUUUUUAUUCCUGUGGUGUAACCUAUGAAAUAGUAUCCAAUAUACCAAAGGCAACUGAGGAGAUAGAAGACCGGGAAACGCUGGCUCUCCUGGCAGCAAGGAGUGAAAACGAAGGCACGUCAGAUGGGGAGACGUACAUUGAGAAGUACACUCGAGGCGUGCUGCAGGUGGAAAACAUUCUGAGUCUUGAACGGCUCCGGCAGGCCGUCACAGUCAAGGAAGCACUUUCCACCAAAGCCCGGCACAUUCGGAGGAGCCUCAGUACACCAAAUGUUCAUAACGUCUCUUCCAGCCGACCAGACCUUUCUGGCUUUGAUGAAGAUGAUAAGGGUUGGCCAGAGAACCAGCUGGACAUGUCUGACUACAGCUCCAGUUACCAAGAUGUAGCAUGUUAUGGAACUUUACCCAGGGAUUCUCCUCGAAGGAAUAAAGAAGGUUGUACAUCAGAGACUCCUCAUGCCUUAACUGUCAGCCCUUUUAAAGCAUUCUCUCCUCAGCCGCCAAAGUUUUUCAAGCCCCUGAUGCCUGUAAAAGAGGAGCAUAAGAGAAGGAUAGCCCUUGAAGCACGGCCUCUUCUAAGCCAGGAGAGCAUGCCUCCACCUCAGGCACAUAACCCUGGCUGCAUUGUACCCUCAGGAAGCAAUGGCAGCAGCAUGCCAGUAGAACACAAUAGCAAACGUGAGAAGAAGAUUGACUCUGAGGAGGAAGAAAAUGAGCUGGAAGCUAUUAAUAGGAAGCUAAUAAGUUCACAGCCUUAUGUACCUGUGGAGUUUGCUGACUUCAGUGUUUACAAUGCCAGCUUGGAGAACAGGGAAUGGUUUUCCUCUAAAGUAGAUCUGUCAAACUCACGGGUCUUGGAGAAAGAAGUGUCCCGUAGCCCUACCACCAGCAGUAUUACCAGUGGCUACUUUUCCCACAGUGCCUCCAAUGCCACCCUGUCUGACAUGGUGGUCCCUUCUAGUGACAGCUCAGACCAGCUGGCCAUUCAGACAAAGGAUGCAGACUCCACCGAGCACUCCACACCAUCGCUUGUGCAUGAUUUCAGGCCAUCCUCAAACAAAGAGUUGACAGAAGUCGAAAAAGGCUUGGUAAAGGACAAGAUAAUUAUGGUGCCACUCAAGGAAAACAGUGCCUUAGUCAAAGGAAGCCCAUCAUCCCAGAGCAUCCCUGAGAAAAACUCCAAAUCACUGUGCAGGACUGGCUCAUGUUCAGAACUAGAUGGCUCAGUUCAGAACUGCCCCAGCAAAAUUAGCCAGCCAGCCAGGGGAUUCUGCCCCAGGGAGGUGACGGUAGAACACACCACCAGCAUCCUUGAAGACCAUUCUUUCACAGAAUUUAUGGGAGUGUCAGAGGGAAAAGAUUUUGAUGGUUUGACAGAUUCUUCUGCUGGAGAGCUUUCCAGUAGGAGGAACCUACCAAAUAAAACAGGCAGCAAGACUGUCUCCGAUGGGCUCCACCACCCCAGCCAGCUGCAUUCCAAGUUAGAGAAUGACCAGGUAAUAAUUCCAGAGGCAGCCCUUUGGGUUAUGUGCUGUCGAUGAGUAUGUCUAACUGUAUGCCAACCCCAGAGGCCCUUCACCACAGCAACUUGGUAGGAAAGAUUCAUCCAGAUGUUUCUGACAGCAAAGAUGAGCCCACAAAGAAGCAGGCUCACUUCCUGCACAGCUGUCUCUGUCGGAGAGCAAGUCUGUUUUGGGAACUAGAAUGCAACUGUGAAAUUAUAGGACCAGUGGAUUUUCUUUACCUGGUAUAUGGGUUGGUAUUGAAUUAAGUGUUAAGAUGGAUAAGGAUCAAUCUCAUAUUCGUUCCCUGAGAUGUUCAGUUACCAGCUUUCCCAAAGUAUUCUGGUAGCAUCUACCAUAUUUCAUCAGAUCUGUGAUUCCUUUGAUUGUUAUAUGAUCCAUUAUUUUUUGUAUCAUUAAGAAAAAAUACUGCCAGGUAAACUUUAUCAUAUCAACA